UCACCAGAAAAAUUUAUCUCUAUCACGGUAUAGCAAACAACUUUUAUGAUAUCUUUUCGUAUCUUCAAUAGUUUACAAGAUAUUCAUGAAAUAACAUAGAGAUUACUUAAUUUUUUGCUAAAUCGCGAUAAGUUGGAAAUUCGAUGAAAAUCGUAUCAAAGUAAAUACAUUGCCUUGUCAGUAAUUUGAUCUAUGCCAGUAAAUUGAAGAUUAAUAUCUCGAAUUAAUGUUUCGAAAUUAAUCCAGCAGCAUUAUCGUUCCUAAAUCAUCUACAUACAGCAGAUAUCAUCACAACGAAGUAUUAUAUUACACGAUAACUUUGGUAUGAUUUAAAGAGGAUAUCAUCGCGUUUGGAGAUGAUCCAAAAGCAGUGUCUUUUUUCUGACAAAAGCCACUUGUUUUGCAUUUCGUCCUAUGCUGACUGCGCAUGUGUAAUUUGUCACAUUCUUUUCAAAAGAAGGUAUAAUAUACAUAUGCAGUCGCAAUUAAUAUAAGCGUUUGAUCGUUUAACCUUUUCGCUGCGAUAUUCCCGCAACAGAAAGCGCUUUGGCAUACAGGUCGAAGCAAUUUAUCAAAUCGUUAAAAUGUCUCCACUUCAAGCGGACUAUAUACAUCAUGCUAUGCAACAUUGGAAACCGUUUCGUUUUGUCCAUUUUGAAACCGUUUCUUAUUUUCUACCGUCCGGAAGCUGUAACUUGGCCCAGUUACGUAGCAAGAAGGUUAAUUGGUUUAUUUUAUUAUUUAUUCUUUCCACUCUUUUGUCCUUGUUAUUAGUGUAGUUCAUAGCUUGCUGCUUCUAUUAUUUAAUGUUAGACUCCGCAUUGCGUUUAUGGAAAAUUUAAAGACAUAAAAGUGCACGGAAUGUACGUGAAAUGCUAAGACAUAUAAUAUAUAUAAGGUGUUUAUAAAAUAUAAUUGUGUUUAUAAAAAUAUGAAUUGUCUCAUGAAAAUCCGCAACUACUUCUUACUAUUUGAAGUCCUUUCUAUCCACAAAUUGUAUCUUUAUCAUAUCUUCUAUCUAAUAUCAUAUUUAUCUAUGUAGUAAUGUCAAUAUCAGCCAUAGAUCGAUCAGAUAUACAAAAUAUACAAAAGAUAGCAAAUAUCGCUUUGAUAUUUCAUCGAUUGUUUAUGAAAAAGGAACGUGUAAAUAAUUACGCAAUGAUUCACCCAAAUAAAUUUGCACCACCGACGCAACUUCGAUAAGUAACAGUAUUGUCAGGUGAAAUUCGAAACUCCGAAACUGUAUUUUGAGAAUUGCAUACCGUGCAAAAUUAGAAUGCUGGUUAAGCCGAUUAAUAUUCGGCUUACUUAUUAUUAGUUGGAACGAAGGUUUCAAAAGUGUCAAGAUCAACUAGUCAAUACAAGUAUUUCUUACAUUCGUAUAAUUUCAACAGUUUCAAUACAUUCAUUAAAGAAUCAGCAUGAAUGGCGCAAAUGUCUACCUUUUUGUUCUUUUAAUUUCAUCGUUGGAAUAUUUCAUCAUCAGUUCCCCUCGGACUUUCGUUGUUGAAACACUUAGUGGACCUGUUCGUGGUUUGGUGUUGCGCACAGUAUGGAAUUCAGUCAAAUAUUCUUCGUUCAAAGGGAUUCCCUAUGCGAAACCACCCCUUGGUGACUUGAGAUUUAAGCCUCCGGUUCCGAAAGAACCAUGGAAAGGUGUGUUAAAUGCUUUCAAAGAGGGCAAUAUGUGUCCUCAGUCGGAUUAUGUGACGAGCGUAUUUAGUGGUCACGAGGAUUGCUUGUAUCUGAACGUGUAUACUCGUGAGAUCAUAUUCAGGGGUAAAAUAAGAUUGAGACCAGUUAUGGUGUGGUUAUACGGUGGUGGCUAUAUGUCUGGUCAUUGUAAUUCGUCCUUAUACGGACCUGAUUUCUUUAUGGAAGAAGAUGUUGUUUUGGUCACCUUCAAUUACCGUCUUAGUGUUUUAGGAUUUCUGGCGCUAAAUCAUCCGAACGCAACGGGUAAUGCUGGUUUAAAGGAUCAACAGUUGGCUUUUCAAUGGGUACAAAGCAAUAUUGCCGCGUUUGGGGGCGAUCCAGAACAAGUGACAAUUUUUGGAGAAAGUGCUGGCAGCACUUCCAUCGGUUUUCACAUGUUAUCUGAACGAUCCAGAGGACUGUUUCGUCGAUCGAUUAGUAUGAGUGGCACACCGUUGUGCCCCUGGGCGUACCAUACACCGGAACAGAUGAUUCAGAAUGCUUAUAAACUCGCUGGCUUUCUCAAUUACGUACCUAAGAGCAGGAAUGAUUUGUUGAAUUAUCUUCGUCACGCACCUGCGAUCGAACUUAUAAGAGCAGCGGAAAAAAUUGACCUGAAUAUAUUGCCAUUUCGACCGACUAUAGAAAAUCCCGAUAUAGAUCCUACCAACAGCUCGUUUCUAACAGAAUGUCCUAUAACAAAAUAUCAUAAUGGAGACUUCUAUCAUCACGAUAUCAUGUUGGGUUAUACUCGCAACGAAAUUCUUCUCUUCCUAGGUCCGCCAAUAGGAGUGGCAAACAUGAUCGACUGGGCCAGAAAGUAUCUCCAGAGCAUAAAUACACAUAAUGGGAAAUAUACUAAAGAACCAAUAGCUCUAUUCGCGCAAAUCAUAUGCAAUUUCUUUAACUCCAGUUACAACAAGCUGGAGAAGGUCGCGAUGGAUAUACUUUUCUCUGGCCCCAUAGAUCUGACUCAAAGGUUAAUUACCACACACAAUAAGGGUCACUCUACAUAUUAUUAUAGAUUAUCGUAUCAAUCAAAGUACUCUUGGCACAUAGUUGAUCACAAUCCAUUGAAUGGGACUGCUCAUUUUGACGAUGUUGGAUAUAUAUUCAAUUCAAAUGCACUUCAUGCACCUACAAAUCCGAGACACAGAUUCAAUCGAUUCAGAAAAAAGAUGGUGAAGCUGUGGGCUAAUUUCGCCAAAUAUGGAGAUCCUACUCCAAAGAAUCAUAGUCGUUCACAUCUCGACGUCAAUUGGACAAAUUCUGGGCACAAUGGUCUUCAACUGGAUAUUAACACAGUUUCCACGAUGCAUAAACGUUUGAUCGAUGCACAGACUGAAAGUUUCGAAAGAUUGUACUACAGGAUACUGCCACUGUUUUCGUCUUGCGUGAACAAGCCUAUAAAAUUUUUAAAUUGUGUCUGAUAUUGUUGUAUAUUGUUACGCUUAAUAAAAUUAAGAAGAAAA